AUGUCGAACGAAAACUGCCAAUUCCACCAACACGGAAACUUUAUCCAUGUGUUAGUCAAGGGCCGGAAUGUGAAGGAAGAUGACUUGGAUGUUCAGAUUCAAAGACGUCGACUAACUGUGGUCAUUCGGGGAGAAACCAUGGUCGAGGGGCUGCUUCAUGCUUCCGUUGACGUUGGCAAUAGCCGAGUCAAGGUGCAUCCGGACUGUGUGGAAAUCAAGUUGAGAAAGGGCGUGGCCGAUGAAGUGUGGCCAGAGCUAAUGUUGGGUGUCCCCGAUAUGAUGACUUCCCUCCAACAAGCUCAAGCGGCUACCCGUGUUUCUCCCGAGCCUUCGCCGUCGCGACCCAAGCCCAUUGCGGACCUGCAUUCUUCCUUCAACAUGUCCAUCUCCAACAUGUUCCAAAACGUUGCCUAA